AUGGAUUUGGACACCUUGCAAGCCUUGCAGAAUGAACUCAUCUGCUCCAUUUGUAUGAAUUACUACAUAGACCCAGUCACCAUUGACUGUGGGCACAGCUUUUGCCGUCCCUGUCUGCACCUCUGCUGGGAGGAAGCCCAGACCCUAAUGUCUUGUCCUGAGUGCAGGGGAAUUUCACAGAAGACAGACUUCAAAACCAAUAUUACACUUAAGAGGCUGGCAUCCCUCGCCAGACGGGCCAGACCUUACCACGUCGACAGCUGCAAGGAGCAAAUCUGUGUGAUACACAAGGAAGCAAAGGGGCUCUUCUGUGAGACUGACAAGAGCCUGCUUUGCGGGCCCUGCUCUGCAUCACCGGAGCAUGUCUCUCAUGACCACAGUCUGGUACAGUGGGCUGCUGAGGAAUACAGGGAGAAACUUCUGAAGAGAAUGGGCUCUUUAUGGAACAUGACUCAAGAAAUACAAAAUGAUCUGAGUCAAGAAACUAGCAAAAUCCAGUCAUUUGAAGAAUAUGUGCUCUUAAGGAAAGUCAUGAUCAGGGCACAGUAUCAGAAGAUGCGACUAUUUCUCUGUGAGGAGGAGCAACUCCAUCUGGAGACACUGGAGAGAGAGGCAAAGGAGAUUUUCCAACAACUCAAGGAAAGUGAAUUCAGAAUGACCCAACAGAAAGAAAGCUUGAAAAAAGUGUACAGAGAGCUGAUGGGGAUGUGCCACAAGCCUGACCUGGAGCUCCUCCAGGACUUGGGAAGCGUAUUGAAAAGGACUGAAUUGUUACCGAUGCAGAAGCCGCAGCCCAUAAUUCCAGAGCUUACUAGUCAUAGCAUCACAGGAAUCCUGGAUAUACUGAACAACUUCAGAGUGGAUAAUGUGCUCAGUCAGGAAGCCACCUGUUGGGUGUCUGAGACUGCUGGAAGUGUGAUGCUUGGAGCCACCCAUCCUGGUGUGUCCAGAGAGCCUGAGAGAGUGGCGAGCUUUGCAAGAUGGGGACCUCAGGUCUUCACCUCUGGUAAACAUUACUGGGAGGUGGAUGUCACAUGCUCCCCAAAUUGGGUCCUGGGAGUCUGUAAAGAUUCCUUGACCAGUGAUAUUGAUAUCAUGAGUGAUCCUGAGGCAGCAUUUCUGCUGUUUUCUUUGAAGAUAAACAAUCAUUAUAGUCUCUCCACCAACUCCCCGCCUUUAAUUCAGUACGUGAAAAGGCCUCUGGGUCAGAUUGGAGUAUUUCUGGAUUACGACAAUGGAACUGUGAACUUCUAUGAUGUUUGCAAAAGUUCCCUCAUAUACAGUUUCCUUCCUUCCACCUUCUCUUUCCCUUUAAAGCCUUUCCUUUGCUUUGGUUCCCUCUGA